AGCUGUUCAGAAAACAUAACCUAAAGAAGUAGGCAAUCGCUCGUUGGUAGUUGCGUGAGGCUUCGGUUGCAAUGAGUGCGAGGCUGCUUCAAAUUCAAUGCUGUUUUGUGCAAUCUGUGCGCAACUACGGCAAGCUAAAUAAGCACCUUUUGUUUAAGGAUGGAAAGCGAUACGAAGGCGUGAUAUACUAUCCGAGACGGCCGGACCAAGAGGAUCCUCCAAUUACACCAUCAAAGCUCCUUCGAGUGCAACGGAUAAAACCAAUGAAAGGAAACACACAUUGGGAGAAGAAAAUCCUUAUUGAUUUAAAACUAGACACGAACAUGAACGACUUUGCCAUUGUCAAAAAUAUCCCAGAAAAUUGUGAGCGGCUGUGGAAAGUGAAACAUUUGGUGAAGAUCGUGCCAAUCACAUUUCCAUAUGGCGAGCCAACAGAGAACGACAUUGAUCACACAUUUUUAAAGGAAAACGGAGAAUGUAUUGUUACGAAAGAAAUCAAAAUUGAUGAUGGCAGGGUCGAAGCUACUCGGAAAUUCGUCGAUGAUACACGUAAACUAGACAGUGAAACAUUAGUAAAGGACUCUAGGUUGAAGUGGCUGAAUCCCUUUUAAUUAUAGAAUUGUAGUUGAGGAUUAUUAAAUAUAUUUUCGGUUCUAAACAUAAUAAAUAUCUUAUUGAUUUAAAAA